AUGGCUCCUUUUGAAGCGUCGUAUGGCAGAGUGUAUAGAACGCCAGUGUGUUGGGAUGAGGUCGGAGAACGAAAGAUCAUAGGCCCAGAGUUAGUUCAGCAGUCAAUGGAUGCAACUGCAAUCAGCAGGGACGGAUUAAAGACUGCACAGAGCCGCCAGAAAAGCUACGCAGAUAAGCAUUGGAGACCAUUAGAAUUCCAAGUUGGUGAUCACAUCUUUCUGAAAGGUGUCACCAAUGAGGGGUACUUCGCGCUUCGACAGGAAGGGAAAAUGAGUUCGAGGUAUGUAGGUCCCUUUGAGAUUUUGGAAAGAAUCGGGACCCUACCGUAUCGUCUUGCACUGCCGCCGAGGUUAGCGCAAGUGCGUGACGUCUUUCACGUGUCGAUGUUGAGGACGUAUGAGUCUAACCUGACCCGCAUGCUAAAUCUUGAAGAAUUAGACAUGGACGAUAGAGUGUUGUACGUGGAAAACCCGGUUCAGAUUAUGGAUUGGAAAGACCUGAUUUUGCACACCAAGACAAUCCCGUUGGUUAAAGUGAUUUGGCAACACCACGGCACAGAAGGAGCAACAUGGAAAAGUGAAAACUCGAUGGGACAACGAUACCCCUACCCUUUUGUUUAA